CUAGCCCCUUGCCAGCGGGAGUAUCGCCGGCACCGGCGAGGUCGUCGACUCCGGGGAGGUUUUUCCGGCGGAGGUUCGCGCCUCCUUCUCCGGCGAAGCAUAUAAAGGCGUCUCUAGCCAAGCGGUUCGGUAAGCCCAAGGAGAGCCCGAUUCCCGAGGAGCACGGAGUUGAACCGGAACAGUUGCUGGACAAGAGUUUCGGGUAUGGGAAGAAUUUUGGAGCUAAGUAUGAGCUAGGGAAGGAGGUGGGGCGAGGGCAUUUUGGUCAUACUUGCUCUGGUAGAGGCAAGAAGGGCGAGCUCAAGGACCAGCCUGUGGCUGUUAAGAUCAUUUCCAAAGCCAAGAUGACGACAGCGAUAUCGAUUGAAGAUGUUCGUAGAGAGGUGAAGAUAUUGAAAGCUCUAUCUGGGCAUAAGCAUCUUGUAAAAUUUUAUGAUGCAUGUGAAGACGCCAAUAAUGUUUACAUAGUCAUGGAAUUGUGUGAAGGUGGGGAACUUCUUGACAGAAUUUUAUCUAGAGGUGGAAGAUAUGCGGAGGAAGACGCAAAACAUAUAGUUGUGCAGAUAUUAAGUGUUGUUGCAUUUUGUCAUCUUCAAGGCGUUGUGCACCGUGACUUAAAGCCAGAGAAUUUCCUUUUCGCUUCUAGAAGUGAAGAUGCUGAUAUGAAGCUUAUUGAUUUUGGUCUUUCUGACUUUAUCAGACCAGAUGAAAGACUUAAUGAUAUUGUUGGAAGUGCAUACUAUGUUGCACCUGAAGUCCUCCAUAGAUCUUAUAGCCUUGAGGGAGAUAUAUGGAGCAUUGGUGUUAUCACAUAUAUCCUGCUGUGCGGAAGCCGACCUUUCUGGGCACGGACGGAAUCUGGAAUUUUCCGUGCAGUGCUAAGAGCUGAUCCGAGUUUUGAUGAUUUACCCUGGCCUUCUAUGUCUCUAGAGGCCAAGGACUUCGUAAGAAGGCUUUUGAAUAAGGACUACAGGAAAAGAAUGACUGCUGUCCAGGCUUUAGCUCACCCAUGGUUGCGAAAUGAUAGUCGUCCCCUUCCUUUAGAUAUAUUGAUCUACAAAUUGGUCAAAUCAUAUCUCCAUGCUACGCCCUUCAAACGUGCAGCACUUAAGUCUCUUUCAAAAGCCUUGACAGAGGAUGAGCUGAUAUAUCUUAGAGCCCAAUUCAUGCUUUUGGAACCAGAUAACAAUGAAUGUGUCUCUCUUCUUAAUUUCAAAACGGCUCUUCAAAGAAAUUCAACUGAGGCGAUGAGGGAGUCGAGGGUUGUUGAUAUAGUAAAUGCUAUGGAGCCGCUUGCUUAUAGAGCGAUGGACUUCGAAGAAUUUUGUGCAGCCGCAAUCAGUACGCAUCAAUUGGAGCCCCUUGAAGGUUGGGAGCAGAUAGCCUCUACUGCUUUUGAGCAUUUUGAACGCGAGGGUAACCGAGUCAUAUCGAUUGAAGAAUUGGCCAGAGAAUUAAAUCUUGGCCCUUCUGCCUACUCUGUCCUCAGAGAUUGGAUCAGAAACGCAGAUGGAAAGCUUAGUUUCCUUGGAUAUACAAAAUUUUUGCAUGGUGUGACGGUCCGUAGCUCCAACACCAGACACCAUUAGUUUUAUUCUUUUUUUUAAAAAUUUUAUUUAUAUUUUCCUUUCUUUCUUCUAUUUCUUUUUAGCCUUUUGACAUAUAGUUUCUUAUAAGAUUCAUGGGUUUUCAGAUGAUUUGUGGGAAUUUUUAUUUUUUGUUUCCUUUUGGGGGUGGGGUAAAGAAAAAUGUGUAUAAAUGAACAUGUUAGUCAAGCCAGUUGGGAAUUUCGAGCCAAUUUUUUUUUGAAAAAAAGUUGAUGAUUUU